AUGGAUCGCCGGUCGAGUAUGAAUCAUGUUUUUGCGAGUCCUCCUCCUCCUCCUCCUCCCCCUCGACCUUCGACUCCCCCUUUUGAUGGUGAGGAUGAGCCAUAUCGAGAUGAUCUUACGCCAGAGGAUGAACGGGUAGAGGUAGUUGUUACGCCAUUGACUGUUGUGAAUAAAGGGGAUGAUUCAGGGGAUGAGGGCGAAGUAGGGGGAUCAAGAGCGGGUGGGGAUGGUGAUCGACCGCCGGUACCAGACAAGAUUUGA